GCGCCGAUGGAAUAAAUGCAGCUGCCUAAUGCGCUGCAUAACGGCCCCGCGUCUUUAGGCCCGAGGCCUAGCGCUCCGCUCCACGGCUACAACAUGGCGGACGACGGUAAAUUGUUCAUCGGAGGACUGAGCUUUGAGACCAACGAGGAUUCUCUUGGUGAGGCCUUCGGCAAAUAUGGAAGCAUCGAAAAAGUGGAUGUGAUCAGAGAUAAAGAAACGGGGAAAUCUCGCGGUUUUGGUUUUGUAAAAUUCGACAACAGCGAAGAUGCUAAAGAUGCUCUGGAAGCCAUGAACGGCAAGACGCUGGAUGGUCGGUCAAUUCGUGUGGAUGAAGCAGGGAAGGGUGGUCGUCCCAGGGGAGGUUUCGGAUCCGGCGGCCCAAGAGGACAGCGAGGAGGAUUUGGCGGGCGUGGGAGAGGUGGACGUGGUUUCUCCAGAGGUGGUGGAUACAAUGGCGACCGGAGCUACGGCGACCGGAGUUAUGGUGAGAGAAGCUUCCAUUCUGAUGGGAGGUUUAGUGGCAACCAGUACAGGAAUAGCAGCAGUAGCGGAGGUGGUGGCGGCGGCGGAUACUCCAGUUACAGAGACAACAGGGCUCACGGCGGAUAUGGUGACCGCGGUACAUCCUACCGUGAUGGAUACGACAGCUAUGCUGCAAACGAGUAAACAACUCCCUGAUUCAAGAUCAUCACUUGGCUGGCUGUAUUUCAAAGAUGCGCUCCUCAAGAAAAAUGUCCACGUGUUAUUGCUGACCUUAGUUUUGUAGUUCUGUUGUAGUAGCUCAAGCAUCUUAAAAAAAAAAAAGAAAAUAAGAAAUGUAGCCAUGAGUUUUGGUCAUUCCUUAAAAAAAAACUGUUACAAAUUACAGUUCCAGUCUCUUACCUUGCUUGACUGGCCAUAUUUUUUCCUUAAAGGUCGUUUGUUAACUCAAAAGCACCUGUGUAAUCUAAUUUAGUACUUAAACUCCCAAUUUGAGGACCGGUAAGCUGCUCUCCACAUGUCCACUACCACCGCUGUAGGCUUUGUCCAGCACGCACGGUGUUUCCUGAUUUUGAUUCCUUCGUUAUUUUUCUUUUUAUAUAUCAAUGGAAUUUUUUCCUUUACUUCUUUUCCCGCUCAGUCUCAGUGGCUGAACUACCUCUUGCCAGGUUUUAAAGGGAGGAAAGGAAUCUGAAUUACUCACUGACUUUUGGGGGAUUUUAUGCUAAAUUCCCUUACUAGUAAAAAAAAAAAAAAAAAAAAAAAAA